AUGACUCCACGGCUGACUUCGCGCUCGCGUCGACCAUCGCUGCACCGGGCUACGCAAUCACCGCGUUCAGGCGUCGGCGGUAUUGAAGAUUACAACAACUCGAGCAGCGAGUGGUCAUCAGCUUCAGCGCCGUUCGUCUCGCUCCAUCCAGAGCAUCUCGUGGGGCACGUCGCGAGUGUUUGUGCCCUUAUAGCGCACGACGAUCGCUUCAUAGUGUCGUGCUCCGUGGACGGAUCGGUCAAAGUGUGGUCGCAAGCCACGUUCGAGUGCCUUCACACCAUCUACGGACACCGCGACGCUGUGUCCUGCAUUGACUUGAGCGCUCGUUGGCUGGUUUCAGGGUCGCACGACAACACUCUGCGCCUGUACGAGUGCACGACUAGCGCCUUCAGCCUUCUCUAUAUCCUCAUGGGCCAUUCAGGUCACGUAACUCAAGUUCGAUUGCCGUCAGCUCUUCCUUGCCACAUCAUCAGCUGCUCCGACGACUACACGCUGCGUCUGUGGAAUGCUGAGCUCGGGCAGUGUGUCUGCGAACUCCGCGCCCACCACUCGCGGGUAACUUGCUUCGAAGUCCAGCCCGAUCAUCUCUGUUCAGGGGCAGCGGACGGCUCCGUUUGCUUUUGGGAUCUCAGCUCUGACAUCUCCAAUCCUGAGCAUUCGCCGGACCAGCGCGUGGCGUGUGCCAGGAUAUAUUACGCCCACAAGACCACAGUGCAGUGCAUCAUUGACCUGGGCAACAGCAGAGACACCGCCAGUGUUUCCUCCAGCCGAACAAAUGCGGAGCUGUCUUCGGUGGUAGUCACUGGAUCAAAUGAUGGCACUAUCCAGCUCUUCAGCUCGAAAACCUUCGCACACCUGGGUCGACUUGACAAUGUCGGCUCCCCGGUGUACGCUGCAGCAGCGCUCUCAAAUGGCCGGCUGCUCUGCUCCACCAAGGACGGCCGACUGCUUUUGUAUAGCAAUUUGCACCGUCCAACUGCCAGGAAAGCUCCGGCCGUGUUACAAUUAGCCACCAAGUGGAUUUCCUCACUCCAAGUUUGUGGAGAUUUAGUGGCCUGCAGCUCGGAGGAAGUUCUGUACGUUGUCGACACGUCUCGGAUGUGCAUGGUGCUGGUCUUCGAAACCCAGCACAGCUUCAUCACGUGCACUCGCUGGAUCCACACAGGCGCGUUAAUCACAGCUGGGCAGGACAACGUCAUCAAACUAUGGACCAUCGCCUGA